AUGGCAGCCAUGCUGUUACCAACGGGUCCUGAUGGCUUGCGGCGGUUCACUCGCGAAUCCUUGGCUGCCAUUGAGCAGAGGAUUGCGGAGGAGCAGGCCAAGAAUGCCAAGGAUUACCAGGAGGAUCUGGGGAAUGUGGAGCUGCCCAAACCCAGGGCCGACCUGGAGGCAGGCAAGCAGCUGCCACGCAUCUAUGGUGACAUCCCAACAGGACUUGUUGGGGUUCCACUGGAAGACAUUGACCCUUUUUACUUCAAGAACCAGAGGACUUUUAUAGUACUUAACAAAGGGAAGGCCAUCUUCCGAUUCAGUGCCACGUCUGCGCUUUAUAUUUUCUCCCAAUUUCACUUCAUCAGAACAAUCGCCAUAAAGGUUCUGGUGCAUUCAUUGUUCAGCCUGUUCAUAAUGUGCACUAUACUGACCAACUGUUGUUUCAUGGCGAUGUCUGAUCCAGCGCCAUGGACCAAGUACCUAGAGUAUACAUUCACUGGAAUUUAUACUUUUGAGUCGGUAAUAAAGAUAUUAGCGAGAGGAUUCUGUGUCGGGCCCUUCACCUUUCUGAGGGACCCAUGGAACUGGUUGGACUUCACUGUCAUUGUUAUGGCGUAUGUGACAGAAUUUGUAGACCUCGGGAACGUCUCCGCAUUACGAACAUUUAGAGUACUUCGGGCACUGAAAACCAUCUCGGUUAUCCCAGGUCUGAAGACCAUCGUGGGCGCUCUGAUCCAGUCUGUGAAGAAGCUGGCGGACGUUAUGAUCUUGACCGUCUUCUGUCUCAGCGUGUUCGCCCUCAUCGGCCUGCAGCUCUUCAUGGGGAUACUUCGGCAGAAGUGCAUCCGUAGCAUCUCCCACUGCGUCAACUCCUCCUACAGCCCCAACGAAACCUUCAUCUGCAACAACAGGACCUGGAGCUCCAGGGCGGACUUCCUCACCAACGAAGACAACUUUUACAAAAUUGAAGGAGCAAAGGAUGCCUUAAUAUGUGGAUAUGGUAGCGAUGCAGGGAAGUGUCCCGAUGGAUUUGAUUGCCUAAGGGUUGGAAGGAAUCCUAACUAUGGCUACACAAGUUUUGACAGCUUUGGCUGGGCUUUUCUGGCUCUUUUCCGACUCAUGACACAAGACUACUGGGAGAAACUGUUUCACCAGACUCUGCGCUCAGCGGGGAAGACCUAUAUGGUGUUUUUUGUGCUGGUCAUCUUCCUGGGCUCCUUUUACCUGGUUAAUUUGAUCCUGGCUGUGGUGGCCAUGGCCUACGAGGAGCAAAAUCAGGCAACCAUCGCUGAGGCCUGGCAGAAAGAGAGGGAGUUCCAGCUGGCCAUGGAGCACCUCCGCAGGGAGCAGAGGUUGGCAGCGAAAAGACAGGUGCAGGAGACGGACUCGGUGUUAUCUCCAGAACUGUCCCCGUUCUGCUUGAAACGAGGCAGUUUACGGCGGAGCAGCAGAAGGAGGAGGUCCCACAGGACGCUGUCAGAGGAGACCGCAGAGGAGGCUGCCGAAGAGAAGUUUGACCCUCUGGAUGAGCCAAUGCCUCCUCUGUCUCCCCUGCCCAUCCACCCGCUCCUGGCCACCCUCUCCUCUCACCCCCUCAGCACCCGCAGAGCAAGCCAAAAUAGCAUCUUCAGCUCGUUCAGGGCACGCAACAACUCAGAGGCUGACUUUGGGGAUGACGAAUACAGCGUUUACGGGGACGCGGUGAGGAGCCGCACCGGUUCCAUGGCCAUCCCAUGGAAGAGGAGGACGGGCAGUGUGAAGAGCCACUGCUCCCAAGUAUUCUCCCCAAGCCUCAAUGUCAACGGCCGGCUCAACAUAUCCCUCGACCAGAAUGGGAUCACUGCUGUGGGCCUGCACACCCCAACCUCGCUGCCAGCCUGCAGCAUGGAGAAGGUCAAGGAGGACACAGAGCUAGCCUGUGAGGAGGAGACAACCUCCAAGCCUGCUCUCCAGCCUUCUCCUACAGUAACCGAACCUCCUCCACUGCACAGGAAAAGGGGGCUUAGCUCUGUCAGCUUUCUCAGCGAUGCCAUGGAUGAGCUGGAGGAGUCGAGGCAAAAGUGCCAUCCCUGUUGGUACACGUUCGCCAAGAAGUACCUGAUCUGGGACUGCUGCCCGUGGUGGCUGAAGGUGAAGGAUUGGGUGAAGUUCAUGGUGAUGGAUCCUUUCCUGGAUCUGGGCAUUACUAUCUGUAUUGUCCUGAACACACUCUUCAUGGCCAUGGAGCACUACCCCAUGACUGACGAGUUCAGUGGGAUGCUUUCAGUGGGCAAUCUGGUGUUCACCGGCAUCUUUACAGCUGAGAUGGUGCUGAAGUUGAUAGCAUUAGACCCCUACUACUACUUCCAACAAGGCUGGAACAUCUUCGACGGCGUUAUUGUUUGUCUGAGUCUGAUGGAGCUGGGCCUCUCCAAUGUGGAGGGACUAUCUGUGCUGCGCUCCUUCAGAUUGCUAAGAGUCUUCAAGCUGGCAAAGUCCUGGCCCACGCUGAACACCCUCAUCAAGAUCAUCGGUAACUCGGUAGGGGCCUUGGGCAACCUGACACUUGUGUUGGCCAUCAUCGUCUUCAUUUUUGCUGUGGUGGGCAUGCAGCUUUUUGGGAAAAACUACCAGGACUGUGUGUGUAAAAUCUCCAUGGACUGUCAGCUGCCCCGCUGGCACAUGAAGGACUUCUUCCAUUCAUUUCUCAUUGUUUUCCGGGUGCUGUGUGGAGAGUGGAUCGAGACCAUGUGGGAUUGUAUGGAAGUGGCUGGGCAGCCCCUCUGCAUCCUGGUGUUCAUGCUGGUGAUGGUGAUAGGAAACCUGGUGGUGCUGAACCUGUUUUUGGCUCUGCUGCUCAGCUCCUUCAGCUCGGACAACCUUUCGGCUCCAGAUGAGGACGGUGAUUUAAACAAUAUCCAGAUUGCUGUUGCCCGCAUCCAUACUGGUGUCACCUGGAUGACCACAAACAUCGCCGACCUCUUCAAUGGCAACCUCAAACACCACAAGCAGAACCCCAAAGAGGCCAGCCAGUCCAUCAAGCUUGUUGCCAACCACGUGGAAAGCAAUGGGGGAGUUUUUGGGUGCUACAGUGAUAAGUACAUAAUACCAGAGGAGGACAGCUAUAUGACCAACCCAAACCUGACCGUCAUCGUACCCAUUGCCCCCGGGGAAUCGGAUGUGGAGUUUCCUGAAGAGGAGGAGAUUUCUGAGUUAUCAGAUGAUGAAGAGAACAAACCGGAGAAGGUCAGCCUAUCGGAGGGCAGCACAGUGGAUCUAAGGAAGCCUGGAGAGGAGCGGGAUAAUUUCUCUGAGCUGGCUGAGGAGACGAUGGAGCCAGAGGACUGCUUCCCUGAAUUCUGCGUCCGGCACUGUCACUGCUGUAACAUCGACACCACUCGUGGUUUGGGCCAGGCCUGGUGGCGACUGAGGAAGACUUGCUACCAGAUCGUAGAGCACAGCUGGUUUGAGACCUUCAUCAUCUUCAUGAUUCUGCUUAGCAGUGGAGCGCUGGCAUUUGAAGACAUCUACAUUGAGAAGAGAAAGGUUGUAAAGGUGGUGUUGGAGUAUGCAGACAAGGUCUUUUCCUACAUCUUCGUCCUGGAGAUGUUCCUUAAGUGGAUUGCCUACGGCUUCAAGAAAUAUUUCACCAAUUACUGGUGCUGGCUUGACUUUCUUAUCGUGGAUGUGUCCUUGAUAAGCCUGGUGGCAAAUUCGCUGGGCUAUUCAGACUUUGCUGCCAUCAAGUCCCUCAGGACCCUCCGCGCUUUGAGGCCUCUAAGAGCCCUGUCCAGAUUUGAGGGCAUGCGGGUGGUGGUAAAUGCUCUCAUCGGAGCCAUCCCCUCCAUCAUGAAUGUGCUGCUGGUUUGUCUCAUCUUCUGGCUGAUCUUCAGCAUCAUGGGUGUUAACCUGUUUGCUGGCAAGUUCGGGAAAUGUGUGAAUCGAACGGGCUUCAUCCACAAUGCCUCCGUAGUCAACAACAAGUCUGACUGCCAAGCCAUGAAUGACACCCAGUUUUACUGGACAAGAGUGAAGGUCAACUUUGACAAUGUCGGUCUCGGCUACCUCUCCCUUCUGCAAGUGGCAACAUUCAAAGGAUGGAUGGAAAUAAUGUAUGCAGCUGUUGAUUCAAGAGGAGUGGAGGAGCAACCCAUCAGAGAAAUCAACCUCUACAUGUAUUUAUACUUUGUCAUCUUCAUCAUAUUUGGCUCCUUCUUCACCCUCAAUCUCUUCAUUGGUGUGAUUAUUGACAAUUUCAAUCAACAGAAACGAAAGAUGAGUGGACAGGAUAUCUUCAUGACAGAAGAACAGAAGAAGUAUUAUAACGCAAUGAAGAAGUUAGGAUCUAAAAAGCCUCAAAAGCCUAUACCAAGGCCUACGAACAUCCUCCAAGCCUUCUUCUUUGAUCUAGUGUCCAAGCAAGCCUUUGACAUCAUGAUCAUGAUGCUAAUCAUCAUCAACAUGGUGACCAUGAUGGUGGAGACUGAUGAACAGUCGGAACGUAUGGAGUCCAUCCUCAACAAAAUAAACCUGGUCUUCAUCGUCAUCUUCACUACCGAAUGCCUGAUCAAGAUCUUUGCCCUCCGUUGCUACUUCUUUACUGUUGGAUGGAACAUCUUUGACUUUGUGGUGAUCAUCCUCUCCAUCGUGGGGAUUGUUCUUGCUGACAUCAUCGAGAAGUACUUUGUUUCUCCGACCCUGUUUCGAGUAAUCAGAUUGGCGAGGAUAGGACGUGUACUUCGACUUAUACGUGGAGCCAAAGGAAUAAGGACUUUACUAUUUGCCUUAAUGAUGUCAAUGCCAGCAUUGUUCAACAUUGGCCUCCUCCUUUUCCUAGUUAUGUUCAUCUACGCUAUUUUUGGUAUGGCGAACUUUGCCUAUGUUAAAAAACAAGAUGGGAUUGAUGACAUGUUUAACUUCGAAACCUUUGGGAACAGCAUGAUCUGCUUGUUUCAGAUCAGCACUUCUGCCGGCUGGGACAACCUACUGAGCCCUAUCAUGGCCGCCCCUCCUGAUGAGUGUGAUCACAGCUUUGUUAAUACUGGCACUAACACCAAGGGAAACUGUGGCAGCCCCUCAGUCGGGAUAGCAUUCUUUGUCAGUUACAUUAUAAUUUCAUUUCUAAUUGUUGUUAAUAUGUAUAUAGCUAUAAUUCUGGAGAACUUCAGUGUUGCCACAGAAGAGAGCACAGAGCCACUGAGCGAAGAUGACUUUGAAAUGUUCUACGAGGUGUGGGAGAAGUUUGACUCUGAGGCUACCCAGUUCAUUGAGUUUUCCAUGCUCUCGAGCUUUGCUGACACUCUGUCGGAGCCGCUGCGCAUCGCCAAGCCCAACAAGAUCAAGCUCAUCUCCAUGGACCUCCCCAUGGUCAGUGGGGAUAGGAUUCACUGUCUGGACAUCCUGUUUGCCUUUACCAAGCGCGUCCUGGGCGAGUCGGGUGAGAUGGAUGCUCUCAAGCAGCAAAUGGAGGAGAAGUUCAUGAUGACCAACCCCUCCAAGAUCUCUCAUGAGCCCAUCACCUCCACGCUGCGCCGCAAACAGGAGGAGGUGUCUGCCAUCAUCAUCCAGAGGUGUUAUAGGAGGCAUCUGGUGCGACGGCAGAUGAAACAGGCAUCCUACCUCUACAGACAAAUCAACCAAGAGACGGUGGUGGAUGUGGAGAACGCUCCCGAAAAAGUAGGCCUUAUAGCCUCCAUGAUACAGGAGCACUAUGGACCUGCAGGGGUGGAGCAUGUGGAGAUAACAGAAGCCACCCUGAUGUCCUCACCACCAUCUUAUGACAGUGUGACCAGGGCAGCAAGUGACCUCCCUCAGAUUGUCAGAUCUGUAUACAGAGACUCAGAACUUGGGGAGCCAGGACCCUCAAGUGAAAAUUACGAGGAGACUUUUCUUUGAGAUUUGCUUACAAGGAGAAUGUUUGUCUGGGGUUUUUUGUUUGUUUGAUUUGUUUACAGCAGAAAAUAUAACAAAGAAGAAACUCAUUAUCAAAGAGGUAAACAUUUUCCUAUUGGAAGUUAAAAAAAGUGGAAACAUUUUUUUAUGUAACUCACAGCCAAUAUCUCAACUGAAUAAUCCUUUAUAUGUUACACUGUUAGACAUACAGAUGCCACCUCUAUGUAAGAAAAGCUUUUAAGUGGUUUUCUUGAAUCCAUUUUCCUUUUCAGAAUGAGUCAUCAUUUGGCAGAUAUUUCGUACUUAACUAUUAUAUCCAAGGGAAUCAUAAAUGGAAAAAUGGUUUGUAUUACAAUAAUGUUAACUUACAAUAAUGUUAACUUAUGCAUACCAAUAAUGAUAUGUGCAUUAGCAUUUAUUAUGAACUUUACUUCAUAACAAAUAAAUGGCUUAAAACAAAGCUCAUAGAAGGCACAACUUACAUUAAUUUCAUACUAAUAGGUACAGACAGGAAGUAAGGUUUGCUAUAUAACAAUGCAUGUUUUCCAGACAUUUUAGUUAUAAUAUUUUUAUAUGCAGCAACUCUUUAUUUUACUCAUCUUUCUAUGGGCUACUCUUCCUGUCAACAAGAUCUGUGCAUAUAAUCAAAAAAAUGUCUGAUUCAGCUUGAUAGCAACUGCUUUGGUAGGCUGUUUUAUUAGCAAAGGAGAGGUCACUGGCAGGCUACUACACCAAACACAUAUUUGAUAUACAGUACAUUAUAUUUAGCUUCUCUGAGCUUGCAGAUACUCUAA